UUUAAAUGUCAGCAGCACGCGCCUCAGUGACCUGUUCAAACCGCUUCCUGUGACAUAAUCCAAGAUGGCGGCCACCGCGGUUCGACUGCUCCGUACUUCUGCGCAGGCUGCAGCUGCAGGGCUGAGAGUCUCAGCUGCUCGUCAACAUGGAGUCUUCAGCUCUUCUUCAUCCCACAGAUGUUUCUCCAGCGGUCUGUCCAGGUGGGCCGCCGCCGUCACGCAGCCGGCCCCCGCCUUCAAGGCCACCGGCGUUGUCAACGGUGAGUUCAAGGACAUGAGUCUGUCCGACUUCAGGGGGCGGUACCUGGUCCUGUUCUUCUACCCGCUGGACUUCACCUUCGUUUGUCCGACGGAGAUCAUCUCGUUCAGCGACAAGGCCAACGAGUUCCACGACGUGAACUGCGCCGUGGUGGGCGUGUCCGUGGACUCCCACUUCACCCACCUGGCCUGGACCAACACGCCCAGAAAGGCCGGAGGUCUGGGUAAGAUCCACAUCCCCCUGCUGUCAGACCUGAACAAACAGAUGUCCCGGGACUACGGGGUCCUGCUGGAGGGUCCGGGCAUCGCUCUGAGGGGUCUGUUCAUCAUCGAUCCGAACGGUGUGGUGAAACACAUGAGCGUGAACGACCUGCCGGUGGGCCGCAGCGUGGAGGAGACGCUGCGCCUGGUGAAGGCCUUCCAGUUCGUGGAGACGCACGGAGAGGUCUGCCCGGCCAGCUGGACCCCCGAGUCCCCGACGAUCAAACCGACUCCGGACGGAUCCAAGGAGUACUUCCAAAAAGUCAACUGAAAACACCGAGCCGAAAUACAGCUCGUACCAAACUGAACUUUAGUUUGUAGAGAUUCACUGAGAUUUAAUAAAUUUAUCAAAGAUUU